UUAAGAAGUACCAACAACUGUUUAAAUAUGUAUAUUCAAUUCUUGUUUAAAUUGGCAGUCUUGGUGGUGUCUUUUAGGUUUUUUGUAGUACAGAGUUUUGGUGAAAUAAGGGACUUGAGACAAACAACAAUGCCUAGUGUCCAUAAUACGAAAACAGAAGUUGUUCAGAGAACCAUUUACGUUGAAACGCCCUACAAGCCUACAUCUGAUUCCUGGCCUCAACGCAAGCUCGAUGAUUUUCUGAAAAGCCAUGGAGUAAAGUCCUUGGACGCGCAAGCCCCAGAGUCAACGUUAGGACCUUGGAAGUCUCCUUUGCAAUUCAUUUCUAAUUUGAAAGAAAAAUACUAUCCCCAUGAGAGUAAUUUAGACGAAUUGCGCGAAUCAUUGAGUAAAAUUCCUGAAUUGGGUGUAUGGAUCUUUGAUGCUUGGUCGAAUUCUGAGCUCUCCGAAUGGCUAAUAAAACAUAAUUUCGAAGUUCCUGAACCUGGUACCAGGGAGCAAUUGCUUGAAACGGUUUUUCAGGCAUUUUUGGAAAGCACCGAACUUACCAACGGUGAAUUUGAAUCUUGGUCUACUCAUUUACUGCUUAGCUUGUUGGAUGAAAAGAAUGUACGUAUUCCUUUGGGUGCAUCACGUGAGGACUUGACUAUCCUUGCUAAACGCUACUGUUCUGCGAUGCCAGAAGGGAGAGAAAAUCCGCUAAGCUCAAGGGAUGAAACGAAAGAACUGCCCGCUUCUUAUAUGAAAGAAAUCAUUCAUCUAUGGUCCGAUGGUCGCCUUAUUGAUUUUUUAAGAGAAAGGGGUAUUCCCGUUUCUGUUCUAUCUCCUCGUGAGGAUUUAUUGAGAGAGGUAUAUAAUGAGCGCUUCACCCCAAGGACGUUCUCUCCUUCAAAUGUUUUAGAUGGAUGGUCCUCCGAAGAUCUUUUGACGUGGUUGGUAACCUAUCGUAAAGAAGAUAGCUUAAUUUCAAGCGUGUCGUACAACUCUCGUCAUGACCUUCUUCGUACUGCAAAGUUAUUUUAUAUGGAUGCUGUUUCCGAAUGGACUCCUGCACAACUUGAAAUUCUGAAUGAUUCUUUGUUUUCUCAUCCUGCCAUCUCCAAGCAAUCCAGUUGGACCGAAGAUGAGUUGAAAGAAGAACUGGAAUCUUUUGGUGAGCUAGUCCCUGUUCCUUUUAAUAAACAAAAAGCAUUUGAGCGUUUACUUCCUCAUCUUCACUACUACCUUCAAGGCCCCUCCUUUAUACGACGACUGAAACACUGGAAAACAGCUUUAGCGAAUUAUUUGAAGGGAGCUUAUAUUCUAUCUCCCUAGAAGGCUUAAAAGGUUUUAAAUAGCUUUGGUUUUUUUGGUUGUGGUUACAAUUCUAUUUCUAUGUUGCCUGUCGGUUUUUGUCAAUUCUUUUUCGUUUUUAUGUCUUUGUUCAUUGAAAUCAAUCCAUGCAAAGCGUUGCGGCUUGCUUAUAAGCAUCUAUGUAUUUAUAUUUACUUUUUUAAAAAGGAUAGGGCUUGAUUAGUUAUAAAUUUAAUAUCAAGGUCGAUAACGACGUAUAUAAACACAAAAAUAUGUGCAUUUUCAAUCGUAUUCGCUCUAGCAUGUGCA